AUGAGGUGCAUGAAUCUUAGAAAGUUGUCAGUAGCUAUGGGUAAGAGAAACUUUCGCAAGAACAAGGGCAACCAGAAGAGCUUUGGAAACCGUAAUGAGGGCCGUCAGGAGUACUGGACAGAACAGGUUCGUGAGAACGAAAAGUGGGAGAAAUACUACAAGACCAUGAACAUCAUUGGAGACGAUGAAUGGGAUACUUUCAAGAAACACUGUCAAGAAAAUUUACCAUUGACGUUCCGUAUCACUGGAUCUCGUGCGCAUUCCAAAGAAAUCAAUGAAAAUUUUAUCGAAAAUCACGUAUCCAAAUUGCAAGAUGCCGAAUUCGAAGGUGUGAAAUUGAUGCCCAAGAAUUUGCAAUACUAUCCAAACAAGCUUGGAUGGCAAUUGGAUGUUUCCAAGGCGGUUAUACGUAAAAACGAGCAGUUUGCAAAGACCCAGAGGUUCUUGGUGCUUGAAACUGAAGUUGGUAACAUUUCUAGACAAGAGGCCGUUUCGAUGAUUCCACCUCUCUUGAUGGAUAUCAAGCCACACCAUGCUGUAUUCGAUAUGUGUGCAGCUCCAGGUUCCAAGACGGCUCAAUUGGUCGAGGCGUUGCACGCAGAAGACGAAAAAAAGGCCCCUACAGGAUUUGUGUUGGCCAAUGACUCCGACUAUAAGCGGUCUCAUAUGUUGGUUCAUCAAGUGAAGCGAUUAAAUUCUCCCAACUUUAUGGUGGUUAACCAUGAUGCCCAGCUCUUCCCCAAGAUCAAGUUGAACGGAGCAUCUGAGUUCUUGAAGUUUGACAGAAUUCUUUGUGAUGUGCCUUGCUCUGGUGAUGGAACCAUGAGAAAAAAUGUCAAUGUGUGGAAAGAUUUCACCGUGGGAAAUGCAUUGGGUUUGCAUCUGUUGCAGGUGAACAUCUUGAACAGAGGCUUGCAAUUGCUCAAGAAAGGUGGUCGUUUGGUCUACUCAACCUGUUCUUUGUCUCCUGUGGAAAAUGAGGCAGUUGUAGCAGCUGCGUUGAGAAAAUGGGGUGCCCAAAUUAAACUAGUAAAUUGUGACGACGAAUUGCCCGGUUUGGUCAGACGUAAAGGUCUUAGUACCUGGAAAGUUUUGGGAAAAGAUAUGGAAGAGAAAGAAAAGGGUGCCGAGGGUAUACCAGAAACUGCGUUCCCACCAUCAGAAACCGAAGCUGGAGAAUUCCACUUGGAAAACUGUAUUAGAGUCUACCCUCAUUUACAGAACACUGGAGGUUUUUUCAUCACUGUGUUUGAGAAAAUCGACCCUGAAGCUGAUAAAGUUGCAGCCAAGAGAGGUGCGGAUGAAGACGAAGAAGAAAGCAAAAAACAGAAAAUAGAUGAAAAGACUGAACAGAAACCAAAGAAAGAACGUUUGCCCAGAGAUGCCAAUGAAGAACCUUUUAUUUUCCUCGAUCCUCAGCACCCGGAAUUGGCCAAGUGCUGGCCAUUUUAUGGCUUUAGCGACGACUUUGCGCGGGACUGCACAUUGGUCAGAAAUGCUACCGGAGAACCAUUGAGAACCAUCUACUAUGUGGCACCAGUUAUCAGAGAUAUACUCACUAUCACCGAGCAGAAACUCAAGAUUGUCCAUGGAGGUAUAAAGCUCUUUGUGGCCCAGAGAAGUGAUACUGGAAGUUGUCCAUGGAGAGUUCAAAACGAAUCGUUGCAUACUAUCAAGCCAUACUUGAGUGAUGCUCGUCUGUUGAAAUGUAAUUUGAAAUUGUUGGAAAAAUUGUUCCAAGAAGCUUUCCCCAAAAUUGAAGCUAUAAAAGAGGAAGGAAUCGACCCAGAAUUUUCUGAGAGGUUGGAUGCAAUGUCAGAAGGAUGUGUGUUCCUCACUGUGGAACGUGAAGAAGGAUUAGAAGAUUUAUUCUUGCCAUUAUGGAAAGGAAGAACCAAUGUCAACUUGAUGGUGAACAAAAAAGACACUAAUGAACUACUUUAUAGAGUAUUUGGCAUUGAAACUCUGGCCAAAGAUGCCGGAAAAGAGGCUGCUUAUCAGCAAAAGAAGGAAGCUACGGUAUAA